CGAGGUUACAGCUACUUUCACUUUCAGUAGUAAGCUCGCUGGUUCGCAGCUCGUCAACGCUCCUUCGCUUCUCAUGUUAGAGCUAUGUUUUUAAACCUGUCAUGUUGUUUGUAGCUUAGUUAAACUACUCGAACUCGAGCUCGUCUUUCCCCCCCUCUCCUCUGGUUCUGUUGAGGAACAUCGAGGAGACAUGUUUUGGACUGUGUCACUGACUGUGUUGCUCUGUUUUCUGGAUAUGGUGUCCACUCAGUCCGAAAUUACACUCUACAAGAAGGUGGGUGAUGAUGUCAUCCUCACACCUCCCUCUGUCACUGCUCCCAUCACCAGCAUCACGUGGAAGGUUGGUCUCAACAUGGCCGUCCAGUGGGACGACUCUGAGUCUGAGGUUUCGUAUUAUCGUCAUUUCAAAGAACGUGGGAGGCUGAACAUUUCAAGUGGAGGGUUGACAAUAGCGGGAGUGACUCGAGGAGACAGUGAGGUGUACACGCCAGAAAUAAACGGUGCCGCGGCAACGCCCAUUCGUCUGAUCGUCAUCUCUCCUGUUCCCGUGCCCACUGUCACUGUGUCCUGUGAUGAUGCGGAGGGCAGCUGUGUUUUGACAUGCAGCGCAAACACCACAGGCGCUGAACCGCACUCUUUAAAAUGGAAGUCGGACGACAGCGAGCUGACGACUACGUCCAAUGUGCACCAUAUAGAGAAGGAGAAAAGUUUAAGCAUAACACAGUUCAGCUGUGAGCUGGAUAAUCCAGUCAGUCGACAGAGCAGUGGACCCAUCUUCAAUCCUUUCAACCCCAAAGCAACUCGGGCUCAAGGAAAUCUCAACAUUAGUGCGGGACUCGUGGUUUUCAUCAGUCUGUUGAGUGCUGUGCUGUUGCUGGUUUUUGUACACAGAUGUAAAACAGGGGAUUGGUUCUUCCAAAAGGAAUACAUGCCAUGGACAGCAGACUUCUGGAGAAAGAAGGAGAGUACACCAGCAGAGGCCUCUGCAACUAAUGGCACCACAGCUCGUCAAGAGAAUAGACAAGAGGAAACAGCGCGGAAUCAGGAUGCCGGGGACGAUCUGCGUGUGUAUUGAAGUGUCAAGAACUUUUAAUGAAAUACGGAAAUGAACACAUGCUGUGGAAUGUUAGGGCAAGCCACAUAAUACAAUGGGAUGUGGGAUCGGUCCAGUCGUAGCUGUUACAGAAACGUGUCUGUUACUAUAUACAGUGCUUAACAAAUGUAUUAGACCACCUUGUCAUAAAAACUAGAAAUAAGGAAAUCUUUCAAAAACUUUAAAACUAUUAUUAUUAUUAGUUAUUGUCAUUUAUUUGGCAAAUGGCAAACUGAAUUCUCCCUUUAUACCCAAAUUUGAGCCAGCUCACUGGGCAGAAAUUAAGUAUAAUAUUUAACCACUAAAAUAAAAUGUUUCUUUUCAGGAAUGCAAGUAAACAACUAAAGUUUGACAUCUUAAUCAAGAAAUAAGAAUGUGCUUUACUAUUUUUUCAAUUUUGUUUGUGAGACAGUUAAUUUGAAAAGUUGUGGAUAACAAUAAUAAUUGUUAUUGAUAUGAAUAUCAUUUUGAUAUGAUAUGAAUAUCAUUUUGAGACAUGACUGAUUUUGAUAAUUACCAAGGCUGUCAAUUUUGGGGCAUACAUUUAAUACAU